AUGCUCAUGGACCCAAACGGGUGUGUUGAGGCCGUCGUCGCGUGCGCGCUCGUCGUUGCCGAUAAAUUCCCCGACCGCCCCGUGCUUGUGUGGGUCGGGAGGGCCACCGUCUGGGAGGGCACCGGCUACAAGAGCAAGGGCGACUUGCUGCUGCGCUACCGGCGGGCGACGGGGCGGCAUAUGUGCGCGACCAUGGCGCAGUUGGUCGCAGGCGGGCGGAUCGCUGUCGUGUACGACUUAUCCAAGUUCAACGACCCCAAGAUUAUGAAGUACGCGAUCAACGUCCUCCUGGUCUUCCAAAAGAAGGGCCGCGUCCAGUGUUACAAUAGUGAGCAACUCGCCGCUUUCCCUGUGCUCCCCGGCCGGUACCGUCACGACCAAUUCUUUGGGCCCAAGGAGCUGCUCGACUCUCCCGAGUGGCGCUUCAUCGUUGUGACCUUCGGGUGGGAGGCCAAGCCCGUUCUGGGGGUCCACGGCAUCGACGGCUUCUGCGCUAAGGUCGGCGCCGGCUCGCUGGCUUGGCACCAACACAUCGAUGUCGUUCACAUCACGCUGGCGAACCGCUCGGGCGACCUGCUCCGAGACCGGCGCGGCGAGGGCGGGGUGGUGAUGAAGCUGCCCAAGGUCGCGGACCGGCCAGGCAUCAUAGCCGAGCACAACCAGGCGCGCCUGGAAGAGGCUGAAGAGGCGGCAUCUUCUGGGGACGAGGCAGGCACGGGCACGUGCGGGUCGGAUCGGGCGGAGGGGAGCGGGAGCGGAGCGAGCCACUCAUUACCGGCAGCUGGCGGGAAGCGCAAGAGGAAGCACAAGAAGAGAAAAAACACGGCUAGAGAGGAUUCAGGCGUCAUACAGGAACGGCACGUGGUGGCACCGAGCCCUAGCGAUAAUGAGCGCACUCGAGACGGAGGGAUUGAGUGGGAUCCUACCGGAUGGCAAGUUCGACAUAGCGCUGUCGCACAUGCAAAAGAGUUAGACAUGCAAUUGAGUGCCCUGUAA